AUGUUCGACCACUCGCCCUCACCCUCGCUUCAGGGUCCGCCCACGCGACCACCUCGCGCCCUGUCGUCAGCAGCCAUCUCCGUCUCAGAUGUCUCGCACGAGCCAAGGACAGGCGGAUUGACCCCUUUGAGCAUCACAUACGAUGAUGACUUUCGCUUCCAGACCCGCAUGCAAGCGAGUGGUUGGGUUGUGGGUGGCGAGCGCAGCGUAGAAGACUGCGUGGGCGUCUUGCUGCGAAGGACGCGAGGAAGCUAUGUCACAGCCCCUGCCGAGGUCCACCAUGUUCUUCAAGGCGCCGUCAUCCGCCUCAACCUCGUGGUGGCGCUCACAAUGAGGCCGUCCAUGCUCGAAGGCAUCCUCAACUCACUCACACCGGGCCAGACCGAGCUCCGCUUCAAGGACGGCUCGCAGCUUCAGAUCAUUGAAUCCCUGACGUUGGCGCAGCCUUCCACCGUCAAGAAAUUUCAGUACGCUUGCAUCUGCCGUCAAGAGCGCUUGAUCUUGGUGUGGCAGGAUGAUCUGCAGAACAUCAUUCCCCAAGCGACCCGGGUGGAGGAGCGUCUAUUGUCUCUGGUAUGGGGAGAGGCAAGACUGCCGUUUAAUAUUCUUCAGGCGCCCACGCUGCCCGCCACGCGCACCCCCUCGAUCAUGUCGUCCGCCAUGUCCAGCACCAACUUUGGUGCUGCGACCCCUGGUCUGGAGAAGGGUCCGGCGAUGAGCAUCAUGGAGGACAAGGAGGAUUUCCUGGACAAGGACCCUUCAUACGACCGCGCCGAGUCGCUCGCCCGACCGGUGAUCCGCACAUCUGCCUUCUUCGUUGGGCUCUCGCUCUGUCUCGGCAUGUGCUUGCUCAUGGGUGUGUACCCUGGCAAGCUCAUCAGUGAGACUCUCCUAGACGGCGACUACACGCGUCUGGCACUGCUGGCGCCCGUCCCCAUCCUCAUGUGCAUCAGUCUCUUCUUCUUCCAGGUCAUCUUCAGCAACAUCUUCCAGAUCAUCGGUCCCAUUGGCGGCACGACCACCAACUCGCGCUUCUACUCCUGCUACAAGCCAUGCCUGCGCCGCGCUUUCGCCGAUGGGUUCACCCCGCCCAAGAUCACCAUCCAACUCCCCGUCUACAAGGAGGGCAUGGAGUCCGUCAUCAUGCCCACCGUCAAGUCUCUUCAGGCGGCCAUUUCCUACUACGAGUCCCAUGGUGGAACCGCCAACAUCUUCGUCAACGACGACGGUCUUCGGGCCGGCCUGACCGAGGAGGAGUGCCAGCAGCGCCGCGACUUUUACCACGAUAACAACAUUGGCUGGGUCGCGCGUCCAAAGCACAACGGCGAAGAGGGUUUUGAGCGUGCCGGCAAGUUCAAGAAGGCAUCCAACAUGAACUUUGCCCUCAACAUCUCGCAAAAGGUCGAAGCCCACCUCCAGGAUAUGAUCGACUCCCGCAUGGCCAACGGCGAGGACGACAUGAUCUUCGAGACCGAGGAGGAAGACAUGUACCAGCUCGCGCUGGCCCGCGUCCUUGAGGAGAACCCCCUUGCGUGGGCCGAGGGCAACAUCCGCGUCGGCGAGCUCAUCCUCAUUAUUGACUCGGACACCCGUGUCCCCGUGGACUGCCUGCUCUACGGAGCGGCCGAGAUGUUCCUGUCCCCCGAGGUCGCCAUUGUCCAGCACAACACUGGCGUCAUGCAGGUCGCGUACGACUACUUUGAGAACGGCAUCACCUUCUUCACCAACCUGGUCUAUACCUCUAUUCGCUUCUCCAUCGGCUCGGGCGAGGUCGCCCCGUUCGUCGGCCACAACGCCUUCCUGAGGUGGCAGGCUGUCCAGGACGUUGGUAUCCCCAGCGACAACGAUUACACCUGCUACUGGUCCGAGAGCCACGUGUCCGAGGAUUUCGACAUGGCCCUCCGUCUGCAGAUUAAGGGCUCCAUCGUCCGCGUCGCCACCUACCACGGCGAGGAGUUCAAGGAGGGCGUCUCGCUGACCAUUUACGACGAGAUUGCCCGCUGGCAAAAGUACGCCUACGGCGUCAGCGAGAUGAUCUUCCACCCCUUCCACCGCUGGAUCUUCAAGGGCCCCUUUACGCCCCUCUUCUACACCUUCCUCGGCUCCAACAUUAUCUGGUCCUCCAAGUUCUCCAUCCUGGCCUACAUGUGCUCCUACUUUGCCCUCGGCUCCGCCCUCCUGCUCUCCAUCCUCAACUACUUCCUCGUCGGCUGGUUCCGCGACGACCUGAGCUCCUGCUACAUGACCUCGUGGAACGUCUUCCUCUCGCUCGUCGUCGUCUUCAACCUCCUCGGCCACGUCGCCCUCGCCUUCCUCCGCUACCGCACCGGCGAAAAGUCUCUGCUGGGCUCCCUCUUUGAGAACUUCAAGUGGACGCCCAUGCUGACCUGCUUCUUCGGCGGCAUCGCCUACCACGUCACCACCGCCCUGCUCUGCCACCUCUUCCACAUCGACAUGCAGUGGGGCGCCACCUCCAAGGAGAAGGAGGAGUCCAACUUCUUCCAGGAGAUGCCUCGCAUCUUCAACACCUUUAAGUGGAUGUACCUCGUCCUCGUCCUCAUCGUCGGCGGCAUGGUCUACCUCGGCGCCUUUGCGCCCCCGGACUGGGCCAUUACCGACUUCACCGCCAUCGUGCCCCUCGCCAUGAACGUGAGCUUCCACGCCCUGGUGCCGCUCGUGUUGAACCCCAGCUUGAUGGUGUACAACUACUAG